GGUCGGUGGCGGGUGCGCAAGUUUUCUGGUCAGCCUUGCAGGGAAAUGCGUUGCAGUCUUAGCUGAUGCUCGCUGGCGUGCGGAUGCUCGCAGAAAACGAAAGUUGUUUGUCUUAGGUUAUUGGUCGUUGUUGGUGUGGAAGAAGUGCUGACCUGUGCACGUGCUGCCUAGAAGUUACGCUUGGCGAUUUGUUACCAGUCGGUAGUCGGUCGAGUAGUGCGUUCUGUGAUUGAAGUGUUUGGUACGGGUGGCGAGUUGGCGGAGUUGGCUGUUAAUCGGCAAUAGGAUGACGAGCUUAGUGGUGUCAUUUUCCAGUCAAUAUGAGAAUAUCACCAAGGGAGCAGAUCCCAUUAUCGACAACUGGUUCCUGAUGAGCAACCCCGUCCCCGUACUAUCCAUAGCCGCCUGUUACCUUCUGUUCGUCCUCCACUAUGGCCCUCGGUGGAUGGAACACCGAAAGCCUUUCGUGCUGAAGAACACCCUCAUCGCGUACAACGCAGCACAGGUCGUCUUUUCGACGAUGCUCUGUGUGCAGCCUUUCUUCAUUGGGGGCCUGCACCGGGCACUGAACGUUUCCUGCAAUGCCAACGCAGUCGUGGACCGUGAUCUUCAGCUGACGAUUUGGAAUGGUACCUGGUGGUACAUGGUGCUGAAGCAUGUCGAGCUGCUGGAUACGGUGUUUUUUGUGCUGCGUAAGAAGCAAUCUCAGGUGUCAUUCUUGCACGUCUAUCACCACACGAUUAUGGCGGUCUUCACCUGGGGCUAUCUCAAAUAUCUACCAGGAGUCCAAGGUGCGUUUCUCGGAAUCCUGAACUCGUUCGUGCACAUCAUCAUGUACACGUACUAUCUGAUAGCGGCCAUGGGACCCCGCUACCACAAGUACCUCUGGUGGAAGAAGUACAUGACGACGAUCCAGUUGACGCAAUUCGGCAUCAUGCUCGUCUAUCUGUUUCUCAUCAUCAGCUUCCAGUGCAGCGUGCCCCGAUCGCUGACCUUCUUCUUCGUGAUCAACGUUACGAUAUUCCUGUUCCUGUUUUGGAACUUUUAUCGGAAGGCGUACAAUAAGGAGGAAAAGAAAAUGCAGUGAGGGGCGGUGUGAGAUAACGAAAUAAACUUGUUGUCUGUUA